UUCCUUCCUUCCUUUUUCCCCUGGAAUCCUUUUUUUCCCCUUUUCAUAAGCCAAAAGCUAUUCAAUAUUCGUCAUUCAAGGCUUUUGAAUUGAUUGCAGAAAGGAGGAACAAGUUUUUAGCUUUUCUUGUUUUGGCAUCUGGGUCUCUUUCCCUUUCCCCCCAUACUUUGUUCUCUCCUUGGUUUCUCUGACACCAGAAGCUUGCUAAAAGAGAGGGUAUCGGAUUGAGUUGGUUUGGCCAUCGUUAAUACGAGUUUCUUGCGAAGGAAGCAAGUUAUCUGUUGGUUGAAGUGAAUGGGGGAUCACUUCGUGUUGUUGGUGGAUCGCUUGCUCACCGAGUCCACCUUGGGAGCUGCAAUCGAGAGCCGGAACCGGUAUCUCGAAGCUAUGGAGCCGGCUUCCGACUUGAAACCAGCUGAGAACACCUCGCACAGGGUUGACUUGGGCAACGUAUCUUCUAUGGGGCAAUUGGUCGAGUGCCGCAUAUGCCAGGAUGAAGACGAUGACAGAAACAUGGAGACACCGUGCUCUUGUUGCGGCAGCUUGAAGUACGCUCACCGGAGAUGUGUCCAGAGGUGGUGCAAUGAGAAGGGUAACACUUUGUGCGAGAUCUGUCACCAGCAAUUCAAGCCUGGUUACAUAGCCCCGCCGCCGCUAUUUCAGUUUGGUCGGGUUCCAAUGAACUUCCGGGGAAACUGGGAGGUAUACCGGGGAGACUUGAACGGGCCGCGGUUUAUAACGAUGGUUUCACCUGAUCGAAGUUUCUCUGAUCCGGCAUAUAGCGAGCACUCACACUCGGUAUCAAGAAGCUUAAUGUGCUGCCGUUCCGUGGCUUGCAUUAUACUAAACCUACCACACUUUGAUGCAGUUCAUGGUUCUUCUGAUCUUAAGGCACGCUCUUCCGGUCUUGCUGAGUGGCACUGGCGAAUACUCAUUGUCAUUAUUAAUGUUGCUUUCUUUACGGACCGUGGGGAUUGUCCUGCCAAUUUACAUCAUAAUAAGGGUGCUAACUGCCGUCCAGCGCCACCGGCGUCAACAGGUGUCGCCAAGUUCGUCGUUUGCUUCAUCAGACGAAGAGAUCGAGAGUUCUACCCAGCAGCCUCCGCCUCACGCCACGCGUGCCAACUGAAUUUCGUCCCCCCCCCCACAACCUCGAGGGUCGGGAUUUCGAUGGUCCAGAAAGGCGCCAAGCAGUUUCUUCUUUGCAGUAAGUGAACAGGAAGGAAAGGACAGAAAGGAAUUGAAAAGAGGCGUCUGGAAAUUAUUGAAUAACUCUUCGCUCACAUCAGGUGAUAGUAGAUGGAAGAGGCCGCACCUUGAAAAUGCUGUGCUGUUUUAGCCUUCUAAGUGAUACAGUACAGGUCAUUUUCUGCUAACUUUAUUUCAUCCUGGAGAAUUUGUACAGCUCGAAAGGAAAAUAUCACAUUGUAUAUAUAUACACAUGUAUACAUGAAAUCUGGUGUAAACCAUAAACUCUCUAGCCUAGACAUAUAAUCCUAGAGAGAAGGGAACAGAAAAUCAGUUCCUUUUGACUUAUAACCAAGGUUGUUAAAACCAGUUUCCAUACUAACCAUGCUAUGGAAAAGUAGUCGGCGAGUCGAGAUUGACCAGCCUGUGUGCUUCUCCCAGUACUCGAUCACGUUGGCCGAGACCUCACCAGUUACGUCCGG